UCACUGUGCGCCCACAUGUGGACAGGUCAGACGGGGCUAUCGGACGCCGGGUCGCUUUAUCAAAUGAAAUCUAUGCAGUUGUUGAGUAAUUUCUCUCAGACUGGUCAUCUUUCACCACAGAGGACGAGGCUCGACUGACGCAAACACCGGCAGACAUGUCGUACUGCAGGCAAGAGGGUAAAGAUCGCAUUAUCUUCGUGACCAAAGAAGACCAUGAGACACCCAGCAACGCGGAGCUGAUUGCAGAUGAUCCCAACGAUCCUUAUGAGGAGCAAGGUCUGAUCCUGCCUAAUGGAGACAUCAACUGGAACUGCCCGUGCCUGGGCGGCAUGGCCAGCGGCCCAUGUGGCUCUCAGUUCAAGGAGGCCUUUUCCUGCUUCCACUAUAGUAAAGAAGAGGUGAAGGGCUCCGAGUGCAUCGACAACUUCCGUAACAUGCAAGAGUGUAUGCAGAGGUACCCUGAGCUCUAUCCUCAGGAGGAAGAUAAAGAAAGCUCCACCCAGGCAGAGUCCAACGCUGGCGCAGACUCUGCCACCCCAACUGAGGGCUCUGCCUUAUCCCCAGAAACUGACUCUAAUCCAGCCGCUUCAACCGUCUCAUCUGAUAACACCUCACCUACAGACAACCAGUCUGCCAGCUAAAGUCAAUCAGUCUUCGUCCACAGGCUCUUGUUCUCUGUUUGCAAGCACUGCCCAGCAUAAAUGACUCUCCACUGGCCCAUUGUCUCUUCUCGGGUUUAAGCCAACAGAGAAGGCUUUGACUGACACAGCUGUGACACUCACGGGGAGUAUUUACAGGCCAUCAGAGAAAGACUUUGUGAAUGCAGAGAAACGUAGCAUAUGUACUAAAGUAUACGCUGCUUUAUUUGCAAAGAAAUAUAUGAUUUAAUGACGGCAGGCCAAGUUAUUUGCUGCAGGGACGUUAGUUGAAAGACUUUAUAUGCAAUAGAAAAUUAAUUUGCUGUGUGCUGUCACGUUUCCAAUCAGAAGAGUUGUGAAUUGACCUAUGAUGUGUGUUGUUGUUUUUAAUGUGACUGGUCAGGAUAUACUCUUAUCACUUAAUUAUCGGUUAUUAUUGAUAAUUAAAACAGCAAUCAUUAGAUUUUUUUGAUUUGAGCAAUGUUAUUCUGCUUUUCAUAGGAAUUUGCCUUGACUCAAGACAGUUUUCAUUCUUGAACAGUUCCCUUUGGUUUCCUUCUCUUGAGGGACCAAAAGACAGGUAACUGGUGAGGAAACGAGGCUAAUUUAGCACUGUUACAGUUUAUGUGCAUUGGACAUUACAUUUGAUAUUCACACAGAUUCUUGUAAUAGCGUGUGUUCACAGGGUUUCCGUCUAUAUCUGCUGCCGUAUGAACAACGCAAUUCAUUUUUUUUGACACUGUAUCUGGCCUCGACCAAAGUGGUUUGUCCAGUUUAACUAUCUCUGCAUAAAUGUCCUUGUCUUUGUCUCAGCACUGUUUAGAGUGUCCAGUUGGAUGCUACGGUCACCAUUUAAUGUCAUACAGGCCUUAAAGGACUUGAUGAUAAUUCUCAAACAUGUUCAGAUUAAAAUGAUUGUGGAACAAUUUAAA